AUGACGGGCAACGCAGACCUUAAUUCCGUUCAAAACAAACUAGCAGAUGAAAAAUAUCAUCCAAAUGAGGAAACCGGUAAAGGGGAUGAUAUUAGUGUAUAUAAUUCCGAUGGGACAGAUGCUAUUGCCGUUUUAGAUGUUGAAAAAGGCAAAGUUUCGUCUGGCAACAUAGAUGAUGAGAUUCCCGAUAAGUUCACUGGAUUUGGAUUAACAUCAGUCAUUGGCUGUGCUUUCUUCAACUUCAACACUUGGGGUGCCAAUUCUGCGUUCGCCUUGUAUCUAGAACAUUAUUUGCAAGACAAAACAUUCCCUGGUGCAAACAAAUAUGACUAUGCUGCUAUUGGCGGGUUGGCAUUUAGUUCUGGAUUGAUCUUUUCUCCGGUUAUUAACUACACCAUUGGUAAGAUUGGACUUAGACGCACUAUUACUAUUGGGAUUUUUAUUUAUUUUGCAGGUAUCAUGAUGGCCUCUUGGGCAGUCAACCUAUGGGAGCUAUAUUUGACACAAGGAGUAGUUGCGGGUAUUGGUAUGGGUAUCAUUUGCGUUGCAAAUAUAAAUAUUUUACCACAAUGGUUUAAAGGUGGUAAAGGUGGUAAAAGAAAUUUGGCCAUGGGUAUCCAAGCUGCAGGUUCAGGUAUAGGUGGUAUUAUCUACAAUAUUGGUAUGCAACAUGUUCUAGAGCAUAGAUCAUUUAGGUGGUCAUUGAGAGCACAAGCAAUUAUGUGUUUUGGUUUGAACAUCUUUUCCGUUUUGAUGGUAAGGACAAGAAACCAUGACAUCAAACCAGUUUACAAACUAUACGAUCACCAAAUUUGGACGAAUUUUGGAUGUUUAUGCUUGGAGCUUUGGAUCAUGUUUACCCAAUUGGGUUAUAUGGUUUUAAUGUACAACCUCGGUGAUUUCACUAGGUCUUUGGGGUAUUCUGCCCAACAAGGGUCAGUGGUCUCGAGUAUGGUUUGUGUUGGGAUCAUUUAUGGGAGACCAAUAGUUGGUUAUGUUGGCGACAAAAUAGGACCUGUUAAUGUAACUAUAUGUGUCUCAUGGCUCGUGGCCCUUUUUUCAUUAGCAAUGUGGAUCCCAUGUAGAAAUUACGCAACUGCUAUUGUUUUUGCCAUGUUUUCUGGUUCUUUGAUGGGUACUAUCUGGCUAACGCAAGCAAGUAUCAGUGCAGAGAUUGUUGGGUUAAGAAAAGUGGGUAUUGCCAUGUGUAUCAACUGGAUUACGUCAUCUGUAUUUGGUAUUCUUGCUCCUGUCAUUGGAAUUGCAUUGAAAAAGGAUGGCCCCAUUUCGCCAACCCAGUACCAGCCGGCUUCUAUAUUUGUCGGCUUGUGUUAUUUUAUGGCAGGUGUUUCACUUGUUAUCGUUCGUUGUUGGUUAAUUGCAAGAAAUGAAGCUGGUAAGGGUAAGCAUGAUGAUGAUCUCUUAGCUACUGGUGUGACAUUUGGAGAAGCACUCUCUAAUAUCUUUACCAUCUCCAGAGUCUAA